UAUUGGGUCUGGCGUACCGUGCAGCUGCAUUGUAUUUAAAUUAAUUGUUAAUAGCUUAACACUUGCAAAGCAAAAGUGUUCUGCAAAUUUAUUAGCUCUUUUGGCAUAGUCUUGUUCGUUUGGUAACUGUUUAAAACCCAAUAAGAAUUAGCCGUAAUAGUAUGUGGAAAGCAAGCGCCGGUCACCAGAUACAGGCAACAAGCGCUGCCGAGGACGAUGACUGGGAAACGGAUCCAGAUUUCGUGAACGAUGUCAGCGAACAAGAGCAGCGCUGGGGCUCAAAGACAAUUGAUGGCAGCGGACGCGAUGGAGGCGGCGCCAUUGAUAUGGAUAAGCUGCGCGAAGAGACUGAAAAAUCGGAUUUUAACAAGAAGAAGCAAUUGUUAAAGGAUCAGAAUGCUGGCUACGGCUACGGUGGCAAAUUUGGCGUUGAAAAGGAUCGCAUGGACAAAUCGGCUGUGGGCCACGACUACCAGGGCAAAGUGGACAAGCAUGCAUCGCAAGUGGACUACAGCGAGGGCUUUGGCGGCAAAUUCGGCGUGCAAACGAAUCGCGUGGACAAAUCCGCCGUCGGAUGGGAUCAUAUCGAGAAAGUGGAGAAGCACGAGUCCCAAAAGGACUACUCUAAGGGUUUUGGUGGUAAAUUUGGCGUACAGGAGGAUCGCAAGGAUAAGUCGGCCGUGGGCUGGGAUCACAUCGAAAAGGUGGAAAAGCACGAGUCCCAGAAGGAUUACUCCAAGGGCUUUGGUGGUAAAUUUGGCGUACAGGAAGAUCGCAAAGAUAAAUCGGCCGUCGGCUGGGAUCACAUUGAGGCGCCCCAGAAGCACGCCAGCCAGGUGGAUCACAAAGUAAAGCCCAUCAUUGAGGGUGCCAAACCCUCUAACUUGCGCGCCAAAUUCGAGAAUUUGGCCAAGAACUCCGAGGAGGAAACGCGCAAGCGUGCCGAGGAGCAGAAGCGCUUGCGGGAGGCCAAAGAUAAGCGCGAUCGCGAGGAGGCCGCCAAGCAAACCAUUGUGGAGAACACGCCGCUACCCUCUGCCGACGAGGCGCGCACUCCGCCCGCCAAAGGCAGCCGGACAGCCAUCCAGACGGGUCGUUCGGGCGGCAUUGGCAAUGCUAUCAGUGCAUUCAAUCAGAUGCAGUCACCUGUGACAGACACGCCGCCGGCGCGCAAGGAGCAAAUUGUCAUACCCAAGGAUCCAGCGCCAGUCGAAGCAGUUAAGCCCGCCGUGGUUGACCAGCCAGCCGCGCCAGCAGCACCAGCAGCAGUUCCUGUUGCGGUCGCACAGCCGAAAGUCAGUGCACCACCGCCUGAUGUGGUGCCCCAAAUAGAGAUUGAGACUGUUGCGACGCCACCGCGCAGUGAGCCACAAUCGCCGGCUCAUGUGCCAGCCGUGGAGCCAACGCCUCAACCAGAGCCGCAACAGCAGCAGAAACAGCAGCCACAGGUGCAGUCACAACCAGAGCCGGUGCCGCAACAAGAACCGGUGCCGCAACCAGAACCUGAGCCAAUCUAUCAAAACCAUGCUGAGGUUAAGUCUGUGUCGCCCUUGCCACAAGCAGCCGGAUCACCAGCACCAGCUGCCAAUGGGGCAAACGAGGAGGCCAUCUAUGCCAACUCGGACAAUUUGUCGGACUAUCUGGAGGAUACAGGGACCCAUGCAAUUGCUCUCUAUGAUUAUCAGGCAGCUGAUGAUGAUGAAAUAUCCUUUGAUCCCGAUGAUGUUGUCACACACAUCGAGAAGAUCGAUGAUGGCUGGUGGCGUGGAUUGUGCAAGAAUCGUUAUGGCCUCUUUCCGGCCAAUUAUGUGCAAGUUGUUAAUCAAAGCUCCUAAUUUCUGGCAAGGGCCAGGCAUCAACAAAAAAAUGAAAAUGCUUCCGUUUGAAAUUGCUUUCAGAACAAAUUCAAAUUUUAUUAACCACUUAGCACUGAGAUCAUGAAAAUACUGACUGUUUAAUCAAAAUACCGAGUCAUAAUUCACCAUUAUAUCAUUUUUCAUUGUUUGCCCCACUUACAACGAAAAGACGUUGGCGUUAUUCUAAUUAUUGUAAUAUUUGUUACAUUAUAAAGCCACACGCAAUAUAUAUAUUCCAUUUUUUACAUACAUCAUUCAUAUUCGAUUUAAAAAAUUGUAUUUUACAUUCUUUUGUAUUUUUAUGUGCGUAUUUUUUGAAAAAAAUAUGCCAAAACCUAUUUAUAUGCAUUUUAUACAUAGCAAAAAGUUUUUUAAAAAUGUUUGUGCAAAUUCUAAUAUAUUUAAUUGUAUUUGUUUUGGAAUGUUUUGAGUAAAUGUGUCAAAAGUGUGCUCACUUGUAUAAAGUCUAUAAAUGUUUUCAAUAUGAAUGUUAAGGACACUGACAGCAAAAAGUCUGUUCUUUUGCUUAAGAAAAGCAUAAUAAAGUUUAUUAUUAACUAUAUACAAAAAA